AUGGAAAUUGAUCCUGCACGAUACGACAAUCGCGUCGAGGGAGGACUCUAUGAUGAUGUCGUCAGACAGCUUAUGGCGCUACCGAAAGGAAUGUCCUUAGGGGACGCCACCUACAAGGACGACUUCACUCGCGAGACCAACGUUAAUACGGGGAAUUUCGCCUACAAAUGCAAAGAUAACGGGGUUGAGUAUGAAACCGUGCUGGUUGGCGAAAUCUUACCUCGUCCAUGUGGAACCAAAUUUAACGCGAUAGGCAAUCACUACCUUGGAACAGUGAACACUCCAAACGUUAUUGACGAUAAAACACGUGUCAAAGGUAUCUUCGCCUUGGGACAACCAACGCAAGCUACCGAAAUGAUGUACGUCACUUUUGGUAACCAAAUCGCCACCUUGGACGACAUCAUACAAAGUGACAUGGAGGAGCUAAAGAGACAGAACAAGGACAUGAACGUUAAAGAAUGGACGGCGCACGCAGGGACAGACCAGAGUGGUACACCUGAGUACAUCAUCGUGAACACGGACCAAUUGUACGCAGUUCCUAAAGGGACGCAGCAGGCCGUUCAAGGCAAACGCGCGAGAGUAGCGAAGAAGACAAUCAAUGACACGAUCGAGCAUGGAGAAGGCAAAGUAGCCAAAAAUAAUGCGGUCGCCGGAGGGAGCAAAGACAAUACGCAAGAGACUGAGAUCACGACGAACACAUUCUACGAUUUGACGAUCCUCCCGGACUACGGAGGAGACCUGUUUCAACAUGUCAACGCGAAACUCCGUCAGCUCGAUAUCAGAGAUGUGGAGAACCAAUUGAUCCCACCUCAGAACUGGUACACAAGCCUCAAGCGUGGAAUGCUCGUCAUGAUCAGGGCAACCCUCCACGCUUUCAAUUGGAAAGAACGUCGAGUAUAUCAGCUAAACGGACAUACUAUUCGCGUAUUGGAUGCCUCCAAAUUAGAGGUGGAGCCAUUGAGCUCGCAACCCAAUGGAUUUGAUAUUGGUGGAAGCUCGUCGACCUCCAAUUCGCGAGUAUCGGACGCGAUGGCAAGUGUCCAAUUGGGAAAAAGGGGAAGACAAGAAUGA